AUGGAUUACUUCACCCGCAACCACCCACAGGGCCAGCUUCCGAACCAGCAAGCUCAGCAGCCCAACAAUAACCAAGCCCGAGGCCAGAUGCAACCGCCGAGCUCGAUCCAGAUCCCUGUAACCGCUGGAUCGAACGUGAUGAACGGUCAAGCCAUGGUGAACGGCAAUACCCUUGACGAUAUGGUUCGUGAGAAUGAGAACGCUAUUCUCCGACGGCGAAGUAUGCCGCAGCAGCCUUUUGGAGACGACGGUGCUGAGGUGGCCCCUCGUCGCAUGUCAACGGCUGGUACGGGCGAUAUGUUGAAUUUCGGUGGAAACGAUGCAAUUCGAAACUAUCAGUACAACCAACAGACGACUCCCCUAUCAGCCUUGGAUACUGCCAAUCUUGGCCUUCCUGACACGCUCCCUGGCAGCAUGAGCGAUUACAUGGCCGACCCUUCCGAUUAUUCGAACCUUUCUCCAGAUAUGAUGGGUUCCAUGAUCCCAUCCACCUUUGCCAACAUGAAUAUGGGCCCAAUACCAGGCGAGUCCCAUAAUGUGAACAUGUUUUCAGGAUCUAUGGGCGGACCGUAUGCAUCUGGCCAGCUAGGCGGAUUAAGACAAGAUUUCUCCCUGGAUAUGAACGUCGACGGUCAGUUCAUGACCCCUACGAAUGUCACCGGUGGAGUCAUGUCUGAAUCUGGGGACACCAUGAUGCCAGUUUCUCAGCCUUUAAAUACCAUGGAUCACACUAAUCAACAGGUGACUAUGAGCCUUGAUCCUCAGUUGGGCGACUUUGGUAAUAAUACCGGAUUAUCACAUAAUGUAUCCUCCACCGGUUCAAUAAUUCCCCCGGGACAGGGCACAUCUUCUACUGGAAUAACCCACCCAAAUUCAUCCUCUGAUAUGGCCACUUCCGCAGUUGUGGCUCCAGCGGCGCCCCCGGGCAUGAGAAAAAACACCUACUCGAAAAGUGGAUUUGAUAUGAUGAAAGCUCUGUGGCUUGUAUCGACCCGCAAGGACCCGAAAGUUCACCUCGGUGCUGUGGAUUUGUCGUGCGCAUUUGUCGUCUGCGAUGUCACUAUGAAUGACUGCCCUAUUGUUUAUGUUUCAGACAAUUUUCAAAACUUAACGGGGUACAGUCGACAUGAGAUUGUGGGCCAAAACUGUCGGUUCUUGCAGGCUCCAAAUGGAAAGGUGCAGGCCGGUGUCAAACGAGAGUUUGUUGACGACAAAGCAGUGUAUAACCUUAAGCGGACGAUUCAAGAGGGCUGUGAAGUCCAGCAAAGCUUGAUCAACUAUCGCAAGGGCGGGAAACCUUUCCUCAAUCUCUUGACAAUGAUUCCAAUCCCUUGGGAUUCAACCGAGAUCAAAUAUAUCAUCGGCUUCCAGAUUGACCUUGUCGAGUGCCCGGAUGCAAUCACAUCAAAUCAAGAGCGUGGCGGUCUUAAGAUUAAUUACAAACAUUCCGACAUUGGCCAGUACAUCUGGCAACCUCCUUCUCUAGCCCAGAUGGAACACGAAAACGGCCAGACACUCGGCCUUGAUGAUGUUUCUACUCUUCUACAGCAGUUCAACCCCAGCGGGCUGGUUUCGGACUGGCAUAAACAAUCAUGGGAUAAGAUGCUGUUGGAAAACACGGAUGAUAUGAUCCAUGUUUUGUCCUUGAAAGGCCUGUUCCUCUACCUGUCACCCGCAUGCAAACGAAUUCUUGAAUACGAUCCCAACGAAUUGCUCGGGAACGCACUGUCUACCGUUUGCCACCCGUCCGACAUAGUUCCUGUUACGCGAGAACUGAAAGACGCACCCCCCGGAGGCUCGGUUGACAUCGUAUAUCGAAUCCGCCGGAAGAACAGUGGAUAUACCUGGUUUGAGAGCCAUGGAUCUCUGGUGGUCGAGCAAGGCAAAGGCCGCAAGUGUAUUAUUUUAGUAGGCCGCAAGAGACCUGUCAUUGCUCUGAGCAGGCAAGAUCUAGAGCUCCAUGGCGGAAUCGGAGACAGCGAACUUUGGACGAAGAUGUCAACCUCAGGGAUGUUUCUUUUUGUCUCAUCCAACAUCCGUUCAUUAUUGGACCUGCAACCCGAGUCAUUGGUGGGCACUAGCAUACAGGAUCUGAUGCGCAAGGAAUCCCGACAAGACUUUGGAUACGCUAUCGAGAAGGCAAGAAGGGGCAAAAUUGUCAAUUGUAAACACGAGGUUCAGAACCGACGUGGGCAGGUCCUCCAAGCACAAACAGUGCUCUACCCCGGGGAUGCCACUGAAGGUCAAAAACCGUCAUUCCUUUUAGGCCAGACUAAGCUUAUGAAAGCAUCGUCACGAAGUAUUGCUCCAGCCAGCAGUACCGGGACUGCGAGAUCGGGAUUGAUAACUCGAUCAGACCCAGGCUACGCUCCUGCCACCCCAGCCGCAUCCUCCGCACCCAUUGGCCACGUAUCUCAACCGGCAGGCGGUUGUUUGAUGCCGGGUUCCCAAGAUGCUGCAUUGGCGUCUGAUGACAAUAUGUUUGACGAGCUUCGGACGACAAAGUGCUCCAGCUGGCAGUUUGAGUUGCGGCAGAUGGAGAAGGUGAAUCGUAUUCUCGCAGAAGAGCUCGGCGGGUUGCUCUCGAAUAAGAAGAAACGAAAGAGAAGAAAGGGGGCUGGCAAUGUGGUCCGAGACUGUGCCAAUUGCCACACUAGGAAUACCCCAGAGUGGCGAAGAGGACCCAGCGGCCAGAGAGAUCUGUGCAAUAGUUGUGGUCUGCGUUGGGCUAAACAGGUUGGCCGUGUUUCAUCGAGACACUCGGCUCGUGGCUCUAAGGAGACCGGCGAGUCCAACAGCAAGAAAUCCCCUUCGCCCCUUCAGACUUCUCCUUUGCACAGACAAAUGUCAGCUGAGACGCCCAACCCGCGAGCUUCGGAUGGAGACAGGAAAACGGGAAAAUCAGCACCCGCGAUCAGUGAGCAGAGCACGCCGAGUGGAGCGUCCUCAGCCGGCAGUAGCAUGCCCCUUUCGACAACUAUGCCCCCACCAAGUCAUUCCUCCUUAUCAGGGAACACUUCCGGGACGGCAAUGACCUCAAUUAGAGAAGAACGCGAGUCCAAUCUGCAGAUUUGA